GAAACUGUUAUAGGACUACAAAAGUUUUGGCAGGGGGGUAGUGUACGUAUCUAUGACUGGCAAAGGCUCGAUAGCAAGCAUGAUGAUAUAGUGACACAUCUCCAUAUGGAACACGGUAUGAUGAGUGUCAUUAAAGGUCGCACAAAUGCUGGACAUUUAGGGCAAUCCCUUUCGGUGUUUGGUCAUGAUCAACAGCAAGCUGGUAUCUGGAUAGGGGAACCUAUGAGUGAGCAAGAGAAUGGUAGGGUUUACCGCUGGCAAUUCGAGAGUGAGGAUAUUGAAUGCAUUAAAAAUGAUCAAGUAUUAGCACGCUUUGGUUCUCAGAUUAAUUCAUUUGGUGCUGAUGCCAUUUGUAUCACCUCGCAAAGAUAUGGUCAAAACGCACGUUAUUCUGGUGCUGUCACUUUCUUACAAGAAGCUCUCAAUUGA